AUGGCACCAGGUAUCCUAUGGGUAUCCUCGCGGAUUGUGAAUAAAGACAAAUUGGACGUUGAGAAGUUUUGUGAGUGGUACGAGAAUACACACAUCCAAGAAGUCCUCAUCCUCCCUGGUUUCCCCUCCGCCCUGAGGUAUGAAGCCGUUACCCCCGUUCCCAGGGGCAUGCAGUAUGGGAAGGAGGCGCCUUGGUUGACAACCUACGCCAUGCCAGACGUCGACUACCGCCUCAGCCAAGCUUUCAAAGACCUCUCUGGCGGAAACCCCCCCAGCGCUGAAUUAAUCGAAGCCGUUUACAAACAUACUCGUUUCGACACUAGGUUCUAUGAGGAACGUGGUAGCUUCCCUGCCUCCAGUACCUCCCCCGCCACUGCCCCAUCCCCCACCUCCUCGUCUUCUCCUACCCCCUCGUCUUCUUCGUCGUCAUCCACGCCCCCAAAAUUCCUCAUCGCCGCUACCUUCCACGCCCCGAAGGACUGUACUACAGAGUUCCCAAAACAAUUCCGCGCAAAGCUCCUACCGCAGUUGGAAGAGACACCAGGGUUUGUGAGGGCGAAGACGUACGAGGUUGCUACCGCGUUGGUGCUGGAUCGUUGGAAUUGGGCGGCUGCCGAGGGCGUACCGGGGUGGUUGGUUAUGGCUGAGUUUGAGGGGGGUGAGGCGCCUGCUGUGGAGGGCUUCUUAGGAGAGGGAGGGGUGGAAGUGGGUGUUUAUAAGGUGGGCAGGAUUUAUUCGGAGGAGGAGUGGGGGUGUGUUGGGGAGUAA